UCAUGUCUCAUUAUGUCCCACCUUAUCUCAAAUAGCAAAGUUGCUUUAACACACAAGAUGUAAAGUAGAAGCAAGGUAAUCAUCUCAUUCGGGUUUCAUAUUGCAAUCCCUGAAGUGCACAUAAACUCUAUUUUCUCAAUACUUAAAACAGCAGAAAACUGCUUUCACAAGGCUUCUCCACUUUCCGUUGCCGCCAACAGUCUCCUUACACUUGAAUGAUUACACAAACCUUCUAGACACCCAACAACUGCUUAUAUUACCCAUCAAAAAGCCUACAGCUACUCUGAGCACAACAACAUGUCAAACCUUCUCCUCCUCCUUGCAGCCUUAUUCUUGCUCUCAUGGCAGCCAACAUUGGCCGCACCACUUUCGACAAAUUCCCGCUGGAUUGUCGAUGAAUCAGGGCGGCGGGUGAAGCUGGCUUGUGUGAAUUGGGUAACCCAUCUUGAGGUUAUGGUAGCCGAGGGGCUCAGUAAGCAGCCUUUGGAUGUUAUCUCCAAAAGCAUAGCAUCUAUGGGAUUCAAUUGUGUCAGGUUCACAUGGCCGCUUUUCCUGGUCACCGACGGCAAUUUGUCAUCGCUUACGGUUAGACAGUCCUUCUUCUCCCUUGGUCUUAAUGAGUCCCUCUCUGCUGUCGAAGUGAACAAUCCAACUCUGGUUGAUCUCCCUCUCCUUGAGGCUUACAAGGCUGUGGUUAGAAACUUAGGCGACAACAACAUAAUGGUGAUAUUGGACAACCACAUAAGCAAACCAGGAUGGUGCUGCAGUAAUUCUGACGGCAACGGCUUCUUUGGAGAUAAAUAUUUCGAGCCAGAUUUGUGGGUUGACGGGCUAACUAAAAUGGCUAGCUUGUUUAACGACACGGCCAAUGUGAUUGGAAUGAGCCUGAGGAAUGAGCUUAGAGGACCAAAGCAGAAUGUAAAUGACUGGUACAAAUACAUGCAAAGAGGUGCAGAGGCAGUGCAUGCCGCUAAUCCAAACGUCCUUGUUAUACUUUCCGGCCUAAGUUUCGACAAUGAUCUGAGCUUCCUUUCAAAUAAGCAGGUUCAGCUAAGCUUUCCUUCAAAGCUUGUAUUUGAGCUGCAUUGGUAUGCCUUCUCUAAUGGAAAUGCUUGGCAAAGUGGCAGCCCAAACCAAGUCUGUGGCUCCAUUUCAUCUAGCGUCAUGAGAAGGGCGGGAUUCCUAGUGAGCCAGGGCUGGCCCCUCUUCAUAGUGAACCCCAAUGCCACCCGCUACUUUGGUUGCUUUCUUGGCUUGGCGGCUGAACUUGAUGUAGACUGGGCGCUUUGGACUCUGCAAGGAAGCUACUAUCUUAGAGAAGGCGUGGUGGGCAUGGAAGAGUUUUAUGGUUCGCUAUCUUACGAUUGGAGCAGGCAAAGGAACUCUUCCCUUUUGCAAAGGAUAUCAACUCUGCAAUCUCCUUUUCAAGGUCCUGGACUUUCCGCCAUAAAGCCCUACAAAGUUCUCUUCCACCCGGCAACUGGGCUGUGUGUGGCGAAGAAAUCUCUGUCUGAGCCGCUUCACCUGGGGCAAUGCGACGAGUCCGAAGCCUGGGAUUACACCGGACAACACACACUUCUAUUAAAGGGCACAACAGUGUGCCUCAAAGCAGCAGGCGAGGGUGAGAAGGUGAAGUUUGGGACGAUUUGCAGCGAUGCUGCCUCCAAUUGGGAGCUCAUAUCGGAUUCGACGAUGCAUUUGUCGACAAAAUUGACGGCGAACAGCAGCAGUAGUCUGUGCUUGGAUGUCGGCUCAGAUGGAAGAACCAUAGUGACUAGCACAUGCCUGUGUCUUGACAGAGAUCAAACGUGCGAUCCUGAGAAUCAGUGGUUUAGGAUAAUUGACAGCAGUAGACCUGUUACGAGUAAGAGGUCGCUCAUAGAUUGGCUAUUUGGGAAUUUAUGGUGGAAUCUAUUGUGAAUCAAAUUAUGAUUAUAUGUCAUAUGAAUCAUAACUCUUGGUAAUGCGUUAAAUACGAAGAAAGAACACCAUAUGCUGACUCUAUUAGGAAGAAAGUUAUUUCUGGUUUGUUUGCUUGCGCAUGAAGUCUAGUGGGCACUUAUUCCCUGGAACACUUGCACCUGAAGUCUAAUGGGCACUUAUCAUGUGACAAGUGGGUCUCACUAUAGUAAUUUUUUUAGAA